GGCCAGUGCACUUGGCAUCUUAAACAAAAAUGAAAUUCUCCCCCGUCAGGAAUAGUAUAAGCUCAAAGUAACACGAAAGUACGAAACAGGCAGGCCUCCCCCGACACCCCCAUGUUGACAAAUGAAGAAUCCCGAGGAGGUGAGGCAAGCCAACAAACAAUAGACAUAUACAGUAAUAUAGAAGCACUAGCGCUUCUUCAACCCCCCACACCCACACGCUACCAGCAAUCUUGAGAGAGAGCUCACCGGCGGCAGUCAUGGCUCUGGUGACGGGGGCGAUGGGCAACCUCGCCCCCAAGCUGUACCAGCUGCUCAAAGGUGAAUACGAGCUGCAGAAGGAUGUGAGGAAGAAACUCGAGUUCCUCGAUCAGGAGCUGGAGAGCAUCAAGCCUGCCCUUGACCAGGUGGCACAAGUGCCCUGGGAUCGGCAUCACGAGCAGGUCAAGGUCUAGGCGCGUCAGAUGAGGGAGGCGUCCUACGACAUAGAAGACCUGCUCGACACCUUCCUCGUGCGUGUCCAGGGUUCUGAGCCCGUCGACCAGAGCAGGCUCAAACGCGCCCUGAAGAAGAUGGGUGGCCUGUUCGGCAAAGCCAAGGCUCGCCGUGAGAUUUCUAGUGCCAUCGAAGACAUCAAGAAGCAACUCCAGGAGGUGGCUGAACGGCGCAACAGGUGCAAAAUCGACGAGACUGUGGCCAAACCUGAUGCCACUUGGGCAAUUGAUCCUCGUCUUGAGGCUAUGUACAAAGAGGUGACUAAGCUCAUUGGUAUUGAUAAGUCAAGAGGUGAGCUCCUAUCAAUGCUCUCAUCGCCCCAGGGGAAUGAGGUGUCCCACGAGAAGAUGAAGAUAGUUUCAGUUGUCGGAGUUGGAGGAUUGGGCAAGACUACUCUUGCCAAAGCAGGGUAUGAUGAGCUUAAAUCACAAUUCGAUUGUGGGGCUUUUGUUCCGGUUGGUCGAAAUCCUGACGUGAAGAAAGUUCUAAGAGACAUUCUUAUAGAUCUUGACAAUAAAGAAUUCGAGGAGCCGAAAUAUGAUAUAUUGGACGUAAGGCAGCUCAUCAACAAACUCAAUAAUUUCCUCCGAAGCAAGAGAUAUUUUAUUGUUAUCGACGAUGUAUGGGAGACGAGAGAUUGGAAGAAUAUAGGAUUGGCUUUGGUUGAGAAUGACAGAGGAAGUAUAGUAAUCAAAACUACACGUAAAUCAGAAGUUGCCACCGGUGUUAUUUACCAGCUACGACCACUCUCAGAUGAUGACUCCAAAAUGUUGUUAUUCACAAGGCUGUUUGAUAGUGGAGGUGAAUGUCCUGCAAAUCUUCCUGCCGAGGCAUUUAAAAAGAUUAUGAGAAAAUGUGGUGGUGUACCAUUAGCUAUCAUCACAAUGGCUAGUAUGCUUGUGGGUAAAAAAACGGAAGACUGGCUUGCUGUGUGCAACUCUUCUGGUUUCUAUCGCGGUAAUGAUGGCGGCCAGCAAGCAGAUGAUACUGAGUGGAUAUUGUCUCUUAGCUACUAUGAUCUGCCUAUGCAUCUAAAGACUUGCUUAUUGUAUCUAAGUGUGUAUCCCGAAGACUAUUCCAUUAAGAAAGAUAGAUUGAUAUGGAGAUGGAUAGCUGAAGGUUUCGUGGAGAUGAAAACAGGAACCAGCUUGUUUCAGCGGGGGGAGGAAUACUUCAAUCAGCUCGUAAAUAGAAGCAUGAUCCAGGCAGUCAGGGAUGAGGACGGAGUUGGGGACAUAUAUGCGUGCCAAGUUCAUGACAUGGUGCUCGAUCUCAUCCGUGGCUUGUCAUACGAAGAAAACUUUGUGACUAUCUCAAAUGAUGGCGAAGUCACGUCAUUGGCUCACCAAAACAAGGUGCGCAGAUUAGCUCACCAAUACAGAGUGAUGAAGCAAUUAACCCAGCAGGAAGAUGAUACGGGCAUGGCAAGAGUGAGGUCAUUGCUUGCCUGUAGGUGUGAUAUUGGAAGUUGGGUCUUGCAUCCAAGCUUCAAACUCUUGCGUGUGCUAGCCUUAGAGGACUGCGGCUAUGAAGAAGGCCACUGUCAGGGUCUUAAGCACCUUGGAGAUCUACUUCAUUUGGGGUACCUUGGGCUACAAGAUACAUUUGGUAUUUAUGAGCUCCCGGAAGAAAUAGGAAAGCUCAAGUUUCUACAGACACUUGACUUAGGCGGUUCUGACAUACAGGUACUGCCAUUUGGCGUUUGCCAGUUAACGCAGCUGGUCUGCCUACGUGGUGACUAUUCUACGUGCGCGCCGGAUGGGUUGCUGAAGAAGCUGACGUCAUUGGAGGAGCUGCUUAUACAUAUCGGCAACCUGAAUGACGAGUCCAAGCGGCAAUUUGUGAAGGCCCUCGGCAACCUGAGCGAACUUAGAGUGCUUCGCAUUAAUGGUUCUAUGGAAGGGACGGUGCAGUCGGAUCUAGCGCAGUCGCUAGGGAAUCUCCACAAGCUCCAGCAUCUAUCACUAAGAGGACUCGGCUAG